AGCAUUAGCGUCAACGGAUGUGGUUCUGCAGCUGCAGCUCCAACACCCGGUACAAGCUCGAGUAGCAGUGGUAGUUCUGCGAGAGCAGCAGCGGCAGUGCCAGUGUUGGAAACGCCAACAUGUGCUAGCUCGAUACCACCAGUACCAUCAGCAAAGAGCAAGGCGCACGUAGAUUCCAGUGCAGCAACCGAGAGAGAAAAAGUUAGACGGCUUCGUGAUUUUCUAGCUGGUCGGGAUGACCAUGUUGUUCCCGCCCCGCGUCGAGAUAUAUCCACAAAUAGGAAGAAGCCAUCAGCUUCCGGUCGCGCAACAAGCCUGCGGCAGCCGAGGUGUAAGUCUCUUGCGGUGAAUAUCGGCAGCACAAGCAAAGUUGCGUCAGCUGAUGGAAAGCCUCUUGGUCAUGAUGGAAGUAGUUUUGCGCUGUCAUCGCUUGACGCCGUAAAAUCUGGCGCCAAGAACACUUUGCGACAUCAAGUGUCUGACUCAGGUGCUAGCUCACCAUCGACCAUACUCGUCGGAACGUCCCCCAGUACCAGUAGUGGUAGCAGUUCUUGUGUCAAGAAAGCGGCCUCAGCCUUACCCAAUGCUGGUUGUAGAAGUGGGGAGCUUCAUGCACAUCGAAGGUUUCACAGCGUCCCGAAAGGAUUUAAAAAAUCGUCUGUCGAGGCGGCGGAAAACGUGACCCCCGAAAACAUCCCGGUGUCAACGCCCUCCCAUCUGGUAUUUGGUUCCAAAGAUACUCGUGAGGAGGAAAACAAGAGAAAUAUGAGCAGCUCUUUGCAUAAGAGCGUCGGUGCCGAAACGACUAGCACGGUUCCCUCAACACCGCGACUGCCCUUGCUAACACCGACGCGGACACUGUCAGUUGCAGCUGCGUUUACCACUCCAGAUGUAUCUCAAAGCAAGACCACGGCAAGGACACCCGAAACGGAGCUACACCAACUACUUGAUGAGAAAUUUCCAAAGAGUCUAAGUCUCAAUGCGACACCCACAACAAGGGUCGAUGUGCCAACCUCCUCGUCAUCUAGCACUCAUCUUCGAGAGCAGGAGCAGCAUCACACAGUCACAGUACCACCACCACCCACACCCUUAACACUUCAGCUACAGUUAGAAUCCACGUCCACUGGUCUCGCGAAUCUCAGAGAGCUGUCGCUCUGCCGUAACUCACAGAUGUCGGCACUGGGAGUGCAGCACAUUCUCAGACGUGCCAAGAAACUUCGCUCCAUCAAGCUCUCACAGUGUAACCUCCGCCUCACCGAGAACAUCCUUUGCCUCAUCUUCGGCCAGAAGAAGCUGCCCUAUCUGCAGAUCGUGGACUUGAGUUUCCUACAGGGUCCGAUCGAGAACUUCGAGUACCUGCAACCUGGGAAUGUUCUGCGCGAAUUGAAUCUAGGACGCACGAAUCUGACGAACGCGGGAGUACAGAGGAUAAGGAAGUUGUGUGUGCAUUUGGAGAAACUGUUUCUGCCUUGGUGCCGUGAGAUUAGUGAUGGGGCUUUUGUGGAUGUGGAAGAACCGGCGGUUCUUGAGAAUAGUUCUUCUGCUGCGGCAUCAGUAGUAAAUUCCAAUGGUGUAGUCAAUGAGCAGCACACCUCUGCCGGAGCAGAAGUUCAAGUUUCGAGCAACAACAAAGACAGCAUCCCCAACAAGGUCGUGUCGGAAUUACCUCGUCUUCGGAUGCUAGACUUGUGCGGAACUCAGAUUGGCGACCUAACUUUGCAGAAGUUUGUUUUUUCCAAGCUCAUCAGAUUGCAAGAGCUCGACAUCAGUUGGUGCGGAAUGGUGAAGCUGAAUGGGAUCCAUUUUUCUGACGCUGUUUUUGCGAAGAGACGAGUCGGGUCUUCAAGUACGUCUGGAGUUAGCAGCAGGAGUCGGGCACUGGCUCUUGCUAACAAGAAGCAGGACGCAACAAGCAAAAUGGCAAAUAAUGCUGUUGGCCAAGAAGAUGCAACGAAUGUCGAAGCGGUGGCCCAGCGCCCAGAGAUGGGAUGCGAUGUGACUUCUGUACCUAUGCCUGCACAUACCUCUUCAGAAGUGUCAGCGGCGAAAAAGGAGGUCGAGGUUGCUGAUCUUCCUCUUCCACCUUUUGAUCUAGUGGGAGAUAUCAACAACAACAACGAAAGUGGCAAAGAGUCUGUCUUCCCCGAUAAAUCGUCAGCGCCAGUGGAACAUAUAGGCGUCGAUGUGGACCUUCCACCUCUUGAUCUAGUGGGAGAGAUCAGCAACGAAAGUAGCAAAGAGUCUGUUUUUCCCGCUCAACCGACAGAUUCCACCGAUCAAGAUGGCCGCGAAUCGGUUUACACGACUCUCUCAUCGCAGCUCUCUCAAGGAGACCCCACAGAAUUAGAAUACAACAACUUUCACUGCUGCUCAACACCAUUUUCAAUGUCAUCGUCUUGCUAUAACAACGAUGUAGGAAAAGCGACCUCCUCAUCUACGAUGCGCGGUCCCGACCACAGUCCUGGAGGUUCUACGACAUCAAGAAGUAUUAAUAGUGCCACAGUCUUCAACCUCACAGCUGACAAUCGUGCUCGUCGUGGAAGCAUAGAUUUCAUCAAAGAUCGAGCAGCGAAUCUUGCGCCAGCAACGCAACGAGCUCGGAGUCGAGGAUCGUCAAGGGAACAAACGCCGCCUGUUGCGCAUUCGGGUAGAGGUGCAGCUAGUGGGACGACGAGUAGUUGUAGUCCUUCGUCGAGAAAAGGUGAGCGUGGUGGCGCCGCUUCUGUGCAGAGGGCAGAUCGCGUUGUGACAUUCCAAAGUGAAGGUCGCGAUGUGGUUGUCAGCAGCGAGAGACGAACGGCACAAGCAUCCGCUCCUAUUUCCGCGAACUCCACCGCAAUAAAUGCGAUCGGUGGUGGUAGUGGCUCGACCAAAACCCUCGUCCGCCAGGAUUCAUCCAUAACGCCUCGUCUUGCUGUUCCAACCAACAACGGUGCAAAUUCUUCUUCAACCACUUCCAAUUCAGCAGCACCAAAGCGUGGUCUUACUGCUUUACAUCUCACCGGAUUGUGGAAUCUAGAACGGGUCAUUGCCGCAGACCCCGCUCGCACACUGGGACUUUCCCGCUCUCUCCAAACUUUGAGGUUGGACAACAUUGAGAUUGGUCCUAGUGUUUUGCAUGCGCUCGCCGCCAACUGUCCUAGCUUGCAAAACUUGGGAUUGCAGAUUCGUCCUUUUCUGUGCGAGAUGAUAGCUGAGGAGCAGAUAGUGUCGAGUUGUUCCAGUAGUACUGCUGCAGCUGAAAACCCUCCGUCCAGUGCAGCUGAAAACCCUUUCCUCGUCCUUUCUCAGACCUGUCAGCAACUCGAAGUCCUUGCUGUCGAUUGCGAACAGCCCAGCAUUGUCGUCGACGCUCUUGCCACUGGGUUUCCCAGAUUGAAAGCGUUGAGGCUGAGAUGUCCGCUUUUUGACAACGACUUGUCUCGAAUCUUGGCCGCAAAAACAGUUCACUUAGAACAGCUAGACCUCGCGGACGUGAACUUGGCGGAUGACACACUGAGAAGAUGGAUGGAAGAUGCCGAGGACGAGGAGGAGGAAGAUGAGGUCGAGCUGCCGAUCCCGAAUCCCCACUUCUUCUAUUUCGCGCUGCAAAAGACUAGAAGAAGUGGGGAUUCGGGAUCGGCAGGUGGUAGUGGACGUGCGGUGUAUCGACGAAGUAUGGAUAUUAGCGAACAAGACUUGUUGAAGCACGACGAUGAAGAUUCAUCUGCUGACGCAGGUCUUGACGAGGAGGAUGAAGACGACCAUCAUGCAGAUUGUCCCUCAGAACCUGCGCAGAAUGAACGCCGUCUCCACGAACAAGUCCGUGGCACUCUCGCCAAUCUCCUCACUUUCCACGCUAGGGCACAUCAGCUCACAGACACCGGCGCCAACUGCUUAGCCAACAUGCUUGUCUCCGCUCUGACCGUUGAACUCGACUCCCCUUUUCUCUCCAAAGGCGCUCUGUCCCACUUCCUAAGACAAGAGCAACUCCAGUUCCUUCGAAGAGUCCAGAUCACCGCAGGUGCCGAAGGGGGAGGUACUGGAGGAGGAGCUUCGAAGAAGCAUGUCUGGUCUGGGGAUAAGAAGCGAGACUCAGAAAAACGACUUAGAGAGAGGAACAUGCUUGCAGUGUUACAAGAAGGCGGAAGCGAAAUGGAAAUGAGCGACUGAGGAGGGUCUCAAAGAACAUCCAGCUCAAGCUGUUGCUAGGCGUCUUGGUACACACUAUAACGAUCCGAGAGGAGCUUGGUAAACACUACAACAAGAAUGAGCUUGGAAAAAUUUAGUCCAAGUUGUUGUUCCCACCGCCCCACACAUAAUGAUGAAAUUUGAAGUAAUGCAACGCCAUUGCAUUUGGAUUUCCCAUGAUUGAUUGAUUCAAGUCUCCGG